AUGAAGAGUCCGCCUCUGUCUCGUGAUCUUCCCCCGACGAUGAAGACUCCGCAUCUGUCUCCUCAUCUUCCCCCGAUGAUGAAGAAUCCGCAUCGGUCCUCUCCUUCGGUGGAUCUCAUAGACGGUCAGAACUUAUGGAAGGAUCAACAAACACGAAGGUUAGUAGAAGAAGAUGACGACAACUGUAAAAAGAUUCCUAUCUGUUAUUUCUCUUUCACUUUGGAAAUGUAUUUUAAUCCGUUUACAUCGUCUUCAAACUUUGUUGAUCUGCUUAGCAGUCAACAACAAAAUGUUAUCUUCGGUAGUGUAUCAGACAGUGUCUCACUGUCUUCAUCGCAACCUCCCUUCUUUGGUGUUCAAGGCACCGAGGACUCAAACUUUGGGGAAUACACUCAAGCCAGACAGAAAGAAAGAAGAACAUGGUCGCCUACAGACGACGUUGUGCUCAUCAGCUCGUGGUUAAACACGAGCAAAGAUGCAAAUAGCUGCGUACUACAAUGCAAGUCCAAAGCUUGUGGGUGUGAAAAGAGAGAGGCAUCGCACUGUAAGAAUAGGUGGCAGAAGAUCAAUGAUGUCGUUUGCAAGUUUUGUGGUGCCUAUGAAGCAGCUACCAGAGAGAGGACCAGUGGACAAAACGAGAAUGAUGUCCUGAAGCUAGCCCACGAAAUAUUCUUCACCAACCAUAAAAAAAGGUUCACCCUUGAGCAUGCUUGGAAAGAGUUGCGAAAUGAUCAGAAGUGGUGCGAGCAGUCUACAGCUAAAAAUGAUGGAGGCUACAAGAAGAGGAAGUGUGGGGAUGUUUCACAUUCAGCUAGCUCUAAAGCAACUGAAGCAGAUUCUGUUGACGAUGAUGAAGCAACAAAUCGCCCCAAGGGUGUGAAGGCAACAAAGGCCAGUUCUAAAAAGACUGCAGCUGAUGGGAAAGAGCUGUCUCAGUUUCAGACAAUGUGGAGCUUGAAGAAGGAAGACUUGGCUUUGAAAGAGAGGCUGUCUAAAAUAAAGCUACUUGACAGGCUCCAUGCUAAAGAAGGACCACUACCAGAUUAUGAAGAGCCAUUGAAGAAGAAACUCAUUGAUGAGUUUAUGUCCAUUUAG